AACUCACUCACACACACACAAAUACACACACCCCUACAGCACUUAAACCCUCAGUUCUAACAGACUUACAUUUUCAGCUUCUUUCAUUCAGAAGAUCUACACAUAGAAUAACACUGUCUAACUCUUAACACAGUGCGCAUGCAUGUGUGUGUGUGUGUGUGUGUGUAUGGUUUUGAGUGUGUUUUUUAAGUGUGUUUGAGACUAAUGUACUGGUCUGAUCUGACGUGUGUUUGGAAUUUAAUCGGCCUUGGCUUUACUUUCUCUUACUGUUCAUUUUUGUGUGUGUGUGUGUGUGUGUGUGUGUGUGUGUGUGUUUGCGCAUGCGCAAAUGUGUGUGAGAUUUGGUUCAGCUCCUAGCUCUCUGUGAUUCUGUGAGUGUGUGUGAGAUGUAUGAUUUUUGUAUGAGGGACUUUAAGUUUGUGUGAAUGGAGGGAUUCUGUAUCUCCGGGUCUGUUUGAGUGUGUGAGUGUGUGUGUGUGUGUCAGUGUCAGUAUGCUGUGGUUUCAGAAGGGUCUGUCGGUUCUGCCGGUGGUUCUGAUCUGUUGGUCAUGUGGGACUUUAGUUCUGACCUACACCGUCUCCGUCCUGCUGGGCCACACUGACCUGCUGCUGCCAUACAUCAGUGAUACAGGCACUGAGGUUCCUGAGCGGUGUGUGUUUGGGUUCAUGCUCUGCAUCUCAGCGUUUCUGGGCCUGUGUACAGUGUAUGUGCGCUAUAAGCAGGUCCAGGCUCUGAUCUCGGCGUCUGAAUCCAGUCUACAGACUCUCAACUAUCUCGGCUUCCUGCUGGGAGUGAUCAGCUCUAUUGGGAUGUGUGUUGUCGCCAGUUUCCAGAAGACCGAUAUGAUGUCGAUGCACCUGUUUGGGGCGGGGAUGACCUUUGGCCCCGGGGCACUGUACAUUCUGGUUCAGACGGGGGUGUCGUACCGCAUGCAGCCACGUUUCCAUGGCACUGGCAUCCUGUGGGCUCGCUCGGCGGUGGGGGUGUGGUGUCUCCUCAGCAUCAUCGUCUUGUUUGUGUCGUCCAUGCUGAUGUAUGACGAGGUGCCAGGACAAGAUGUGGCCACUAAGCUGCGCUGGGCCCCCGGAGAGAGAGGUUACCUUCCUCACCUGGUGAGUGCCGGGGCGGAAUGGUCUCUUGCUUUCUCCUUCAUCUGCUUUUUCUUCACCUUCAUCCGUGACUUCCAGAAAAUCUCUCUGCGGGUUCAGCCCAUCCUGCAGAGUAACCACCUCUACAGCUACCCGCUGUACGACGAGCGGGAACACCACCACCACCACGGAGAACGCUCACCACUGCUCGGCGGAAACAUCUGACCACACCCCACACACCCACACCGCCCCCUGUGGCACGGCUCUGCAACAUCUCAGUGUAUAAUCUCAAUCUCAGGAACACUGCAAAACCAGUCAUAUGCUGUGGAUUAAUAAUAAUACAGAUCUUUCUACUGUUUUAUUCACAACUUACAAACUUUAGAAUGAGACUGAAUUCAAAUGUUUAUUUUAAAAAAGAGCCUAGGGAGGCAGAUCUAAUCACAUAUUACAUAUUACUUUGGGGGGAGGGGCAAACUAAUUUUAAUUAAGAGGCAGGGUGGGGUUCGGAUGAAGAGAAGAAGAGUUGGAAUAAUGAGAAGCAGGGUUUGGAUG